AUGCACACAAACGACUUCUUCUUGGUGGCGGCUUCGUCCUUGCUGCUGCUGGUGAUGGGAGCUCAAGGGCAGGACCCCACCACCUACAUCAAGCCUUACCCGGCGCUCACUUACACGCAGGCGUGGCAGAUCUCCACCUGCGUCUACACUGUCAAGUACACCAUCAAGGGCCAGCCCGGCAUCUCCAACUUCGGCUUCCAGCUGGGCAAUGACCGGGAUAUCACCGUCUCGGGCUGUGCCGACGACUGGGAGCCGAAGGGCGGCGCGGGCAACUGCCCCCAGCACUACAGCGCCUGGGACGGCCCGGGCGGCGGGGGUCUCGUCAAGCUCAACACCCUCGACUCGUGCAGAGACGCCACCUUCUGGAUCACCGCGUCGGAGGCCACACUCCUGGCCACGGGGUCGAUGGUCUUCAAGGGCGGACAAAUCUGCUCCAAGUGCACCGACGUGCCCUACGUGCUGGCCGACCACCCCGAUCCGGCCUCGUGCUCCGCCGCGCAGUCACCGGCCACGCCCACGCCCACGCCCACGCCCUCACCCCUGCCCUCGACGUCCAUCUCGUCUACGCCCUCCGGCUCUUCUUCGCCUGCCUCGGCGGCAUCUUCCCCGUCGGCUUCGCCUUCAGCUUACUCUUCAGCUUCGCCCUCGGUAUCGCCUUCAUCGUCGCCUUCACCCUCAGCGCCGGCUUCUCCUUCAUCACCAUCGCCUUCAUCGUCACCAUCGGCUUCUCCCUCCACGUCGCCCUCGGCUUCUGCGCCCCUCACUCCGUUGGCAUCUGCAUCUCCGGCGGCUGGCGGCGACUCCUCGAACGCUGGGGCGAUCGCCGGCGGGGUGGCCGGUGGCUUGGCCGGCCUCGCGGGUCUGGCGGGCUUGGGCGGAGCUGCGGCGGGCGCCGGCUACCUGCUCUACCGGUACCUCAACAAACCGCCGGCCCCGGACCUGCCGGUGUCGGCCCUCGACUCGGGCCAGGCCACGGUCGUGGGCGAGAACGCGCUGUUCCAGGAGACCAACGUAAUGCAGCCCAACGCCCUCUACGUUGUGUAG